CGUGUCGACCCUUUGCCCGUCUUGCCACGGAUCCACCCCACACCCACGGGCCACGGGCACGGCGCGCGAGCAGAGCUCUGCGCCUGCGCUUCCACUUGACCCCAUCCUUCCCACCUCUCGCUCUCUCCACCGAUCUCUCACCCAACACCCCCGCGCACUCGAACGCUCUCGAGGCUCGGCUCGGCUUGGGCUCCGGCAGCACGGGGAUGGCUAUCGGGCUCCCCUCGCCCGCUUUCCGGACCUGAACCCCAAUUCGACCAGCGCAGGCGCAGCGCAGGGGGGACGCGGCUCAGUGAAGCGGGGGGCGAUGGGGUACCUGCCGGCGCUGGGCGGGAAGGCGGCACACCUGGUGUCCGACCUCGCCACCGUCAUCCUCAACCCCGUCUCCGAGCGGGAGCGCCAGCGACACCACCCCUCCCACCUCCCGGAGGCCACUGAAGGAAAAGAUACACUAUUUGGUGAUGAAGAUUCUGACAAAAAUUCUGAGACUCCUGAUGGUCCUGACACAUCUUCCUUCAGAGCAUUUCUUAUGUCAUUUAUGUCUUCCUCAACCUCCAGCAAGGAUUCAAUGGAGACCAUACCUGAGCAUGAUCUAGAUGUGGAAUAUCCAACUUUAACACCUGUUGGAAAGGCAAGCGGUGGGAGGAAGGGCUUGCUCAGUAGAGGGAAGCAUUCCAUUGGAAGGAUUAUUAGCAAAGCGGGACUCAGUAAUUUCAAACAGAAACCUACCCACAGCAUUGAUGGUGAAUUCAUAGGUCAAAUAGAAUCAGUUGCACCCAAAUUUGAGAUGAAGGGAUCAAAGGAAUCAGCUUUGCAUGAUAAGUUGCCAGCUAUGUCCGAACCAUCUGUUCUUUUGUCAGAAAUGAUGCGAGCUGUUCUUUAUUCAUCUCUUCCCGUUCUUGUUCAAGGAAGGAACUGGAUGUUAGUUUACAGUACCUGGAGGCAUGGAAUAUCUUUGUCUACUUUGUAUAGAAGGAGCAGGCUUUGUGCUGGCUACUCGCUUCUGAUAGUUGGGGAUCGAAGAGGAGCAGUUUUUGGUGGCUUGGUUGAGGCCCCACUGCAGCCUAUCAUAAAGAGGAAAUAUCAGGGGACUAAUGACUGCUUUGUGUUCACCAAUGUAGAAGGUCGUCCUGUUAUAAGCCGUCCAACAGGUGCUAAUAACUAUUUUACAUUUUGCUCGCCUGAUUAUUUGGCAAUGGGAGGUGGUGGUCACUUCGCUCUUUAUCUUGAUGGAGACCUGCUGAAUGGUUCUAGUUCCACCUCAGAGACUUUUAACAACCCUUGCUUAUCCCAUACCCAGGAAUUCAAAAUCAAAGAUGUCGAGCUGUGGGGCUUCGUCAAUGCUUCAAAAUAUGAAGAGAUGCUCACGGUCUGCCGCACUGAAAAGCAAGGAAUUUGGAAUCUGUGACCGUGCGGAGCUCGCUGAGCUGUUGAUGGAAACCAUCUUGGUGAUCGAUCUUUUCAACGAUCAGGAGUGGCUGCACAUCGGGAGGGAGCAGUGGCUGUACAGCGUCCGGUCAUCUUUCUUGGCCAUCAGCACGUGCAGCAGAUGGCUUCCGCCACACCUGGCCCUGCAAUCGUUAAAACAGCCUGAAGAAGUCGAGGUGCCCCUGAAGGGCCCAGAUCUCGACCACGUCAUCCUCCUUCAAGCCGCACCGCCUGACGAAGGGGGUGUUUGGGAGCACUCCACUUCACGAAAAACUGCUCCACUCCACCAACUCCGAAAAUUUCGCAGCCAAACGCGUCUAG